UGUAAAAAUAUUAAAAGUUGUUAAUCAAUCUUAGUUAAAUUGAAAUAUUUAAUGAAAAAAAAUAUUUGAACAAAAUAAAAACAUCGAGUAAAUCUUUUUAAAAAUUCUAUGUGCAUUAAAUUUUAAAAGGAAAGAAAAAAGUUGUUAAUUUUCAAAGUGUAAUUUAUGACUAAAAUGAUUCCGCCGGCUCCAACAUCCGCUGUGAUGAUGCCAACACCGAAACAAAAAAUUGGAUUUAGUAUUGAAUCAAUUGUUGGCAAUGAUGCAUCACCAUCAACCAACUCUUCUGCAACAACAACAACAUCACAUACAACAACAACUUCACCACCACAAACAAAUUUAAAUAAUUUAACAAUGUCACCGACAUCACCAACAACACAACUUCAUCAUCAUAUAGGGCAACUUCAACAGCUUCAUCAUCAUGCAAUACAUCAACAUCAUCAUCAUCUUAAUCAUCAAAUUCAUCAACAUCAUCAGCAUCAUCAAACUUCACCUAAGACUGGAGAUAUGCAACAAACAUCAAUAUCACCAAUACCACAUCAAAAUCAAAGACCACAAGAUAUACAAGAUUUAAUAAAUCGAUUGCAAAAUACAGCAAAUAAUUUAGUUAAUAAUAAUAACAAUAGUAAUAGCAAUAAUAAUAUACAAUUUUCAUCGUAUAGUCCACCUUUGACACAAACAAGAUUAUCACCAGAUGUUCCUCCAUUAGCUUUACAUUUAAAACGUGAAAGAUCUCCACCACCAUCAUCUCAUGGUAAUUUAACACCACCAAUAUCAACAUCACCAUCGCCAUCAUCAAAUACAACACCGAAUCCAAUUAAUUUAAAUUGUAAUAAUAACAAUAAUAGCAAUAAUAAUAAUAGCAAUAAUUAUCCAAAUAGUAGUAAUCAUUCAAUAAAUCAAUCACCAUCUUCAUCACCAAAUAAUUUAAAUCAUCAUCAUAGUUUAAGAGAUAGUCAAUCACCAUUAUUAUCAACAUCAACGGCCACAACAACACAACAAAAUUCUCCAAAUGGUAGUGGUGGCGGUAAUGGUAUACCAUCAGGAACACAACUUCAUCCACAAUUUGGUGUAAUGGGUAAAGGACCAAUUGUUGUACCUGGUAUGCCAGCUGGUUUAAUAAGACCCUUUCCAACGGUAGCAGGUGGGCCACCUCCACCACCAUCAUCACAUCAAUCACCAGGUCAACCACCUCAACCUGAUAUUAAAGCUUUACCACCGUAUAUUAAUUCACCCGAUAUGGUUCCUCCACAACAUCAUAAUCCACAUUUAUUAGCUGCAGCACAAUUUCAAAUGGCUGCUGCUUUACAAGCUGGCCAUGUAUUAGGAGCCGCAGCAGCUGGUCUGCCACCACAUUCACCAUUUUUACCAAAUCAUCCUGCAAUACCAAGAGAUAGUUAUCCAUUAUAUCCAUGGUUAUUAUCAAGACACGGAAGGAUAUUUCCACAUCGUUUCCCAGGAAAUUUCUUAUUACAACCAUUCCGUAAACCAAAACGUAUACGUACUGCAUUUUCACCAUCACAAUUAUUAAAAUUGGAACAUGCAUUCGAAAGUAAUCAAUAUGUUGUUGGUGCUGAACGUAAAGCAUUAGCGCAAUCAUUAAAUUUAUCUGAAACACAGGUAAAAGUAUGGUUUCAAAAUCGUCGUACGAAACAUAAGAGAAUGCAACAAGAAGAUGAAAAAGGUGGUGGUAAAAAUUGUGGUGAUUCAAGUGAUAAAUUAAACAGCUGUGACGAUUCAGAUGAUGAACUAAUUGACAUGGAAAUGGAUGAUUGUCCAAGUGAUGAUGAAUUAGAUGCAAGUCAUUAGUUUGUGAAAAAUGUCAAAAAGAAAUGAAACAAAAAAAAAAAUAGAAAAGAAAAGGAAAAAAUGGGCUUUAGAUCCUUUACCUUUUUUUUUUCUAAAUAAAUAAUUUUUUUCCUAUUCUUUUUUUUUUCUCUUGGGUCCUAUAAACAUUUAAAUUGAGUUUUUAUAAAAUUUCAAGUGUUAAAAUAUGUAUGAAUGUAAUUUAAUAGAUAAAUUUCAUUUUGUACAUUGUAUAUAUACAUAUAUAGAAAUUUGUAUUUGUAUGUGUAAUUAAAAUAAUAUUUUUAAAAUUUUUUGUGAAUUAGUAAA